AUGUACAUAUUUGCUACUACUAAUGUUAACGUUAUUUUUAGUUUCAUUAACGUUAGACCAAACAUUCCUUUUAUCCUUUCCCUGUCUUUCCCUUGUGAGGCGUCCCUCGUAUCGACCGUUACAGGGACGCCUACAAACAUCUCCAUGGCAACUAACGUUUGCUGCGGUACACAGAAGUUUCCAGCUGCGAAAGACCUCAAACGGAUGAAUCAACGGAUAUUCGUUGCUGGUCCCAUGGAGAAAAUAUGUUUAGACAAUUCAGCUCUACGAGCAGUCGAUGAUUAUUGCGAGUACAAAAGAAUUGUGGGUGAUGAUGACGGAGGACAACUAUUCACUCCAGAGGAAUACGAGGAGUACAAAAAGAGGAUGCUCCCUCAGCGAGCGAAAAACAGGCUAUAUGUCAGCUUUGGGGUCCCAGGAGGUAUCGACUGCAAACUCAUUGGCCCCGAGACACAGUGCUUCUGCUCACACAGGUACAAGCAACACAGGACCGACUUUGAGGCGGUGCCCUCUGAGCGGCCCCUGUCCCUACCAUGUCAGGUCAGAGGGUGUCACUGCUCUGCCUACCAGUAUGUUCCCAGGAUUGGGCCAAAUCCAGUCCGCUGCAGGUGUAAACACUUUCCUCAGGAUCACAGUGAAGCUACUGGCCACUUGUGCAAUAAGUGCAGUUCCUGUUCUGGAUUCAAGAGCCCCUCCACCUGUGGGUGUGGUCAGCCCUGCUCUGCCCAUCAGACACUGGUUGAGACCAAACUAGAGCGAGAAUCACGUGGUCGGCCUACAGGCAGGGAUGUCCAUUAUGCUGCUAUGGGGGGGCUGACGGGGUUCAGCUCCUUAUUGGAUGGCUAUCUCUCUUUGGAAGCAAGCGGCUCAGAUCAAGACAGAGAAAAUGUCUGCCAGCCAAGAAUCUCUGCAUCAAGGAUCAAAGUAACGUCUACCAAAGCGUCAAUCUCUGUUCACCGUAAGAGAGAGACCAAAAAACAGGGAACAGCGACAUUGGACUCAGAGGGCAUCCGUCAAAGCGUCUAUUAACUCUGGGUCAAGAUUAACAAUGCAAAUAAAUGAUAUACAGUAUCUCUUCUGAUCUGCAAGAUUUCAUUCUAACUUCUAACAUAGUUGAGGUAUUUUGUUUUUCAGUGAAGUGUCUGUCUUUGUUAGUGUCGUGACGGAGGGGUACAAGCAACUGUCAGCAACAGUAGUUAUUAAAUCCCACUGAAAGUGUAUUGAUCCAAUCAGAGCAUGGGAGCGUCACAAUGGUGAUACAGUCAAAUGUAGAAAUCUGCCUGAAUACAUUCUG